AUGCCAGUCACCCUGAUGUUUUUCAGUUGGCUGAAAGGCCGAUAUGACGAGCCGGUUAGAUCUGCUGAAGCGGCACCUGAAUUACUCGGACUUGCUGGUUAUCUUCAUUUACGUGCCCUCGAGAGCAUGCUGGUUGCUCACGUACGACUGGCGAGGAGGAGAUCUUUUGUGUCGAGUUGUGAAAAUGAUGCACACAGUGGCUUUCCAGGUGAGUCUUCGUCGAACGUUAUCGUUUGCAUUGCGCUGGAUCGUCUUUUCUCAGUAUUUUCGGCAACGCGACAUUCUCCUGAUAAAGCUAAUCGCCGGAUUAGGCUGAUGCUCGCUGCAGCGUGGGCGACCGCGUUCAUCAUUGGACUUCCACAGCUUGCUGUUUGGAGAAGUUACGUGCCAUUUCAGCAUCUGAACUGGAGCCAAUGUUUACAGUCUCCAACGGGACAUCGCAGUCACCCUCACGUUUUUCAGCUGGCCGAAAGGCCUAUGACGAGCCGGUUAGAUCUGCUGAAGCGGCACCUGAAUUACUCGGACUUGCUGGUUAUCUUCAUUUACGUGCCGUCGAGAGCAUGCUGGUUGCUCACCUACGACUGGCGAGGAGGAGAUCUUUUGUGUCGAGUUGUGAAAAUGAUGCACACAGUGGCUUUCCAGGUGAGGUCCUCUUAUAAUGUUCACCAUUAA